UUACGUUUUUCUGGCUCAGACCUAACGAUUUCAUAAGGGACUGGCUGGAUAACGGACUGAUAGCACGUUAUUUAAAUCAUAUAAUAAAUACCCGUGUGUGUGAUUUAUACUCGAAAGUCGAGUAGGCUUUUAGUUUUCAGUAUUCAUUUAGUUUGUAACACAUUUGAACUGAUGGGCGGCUCGUAUGCUCCACCGGCAAGAUAGCCAAGUCGCUCGCGUUUGCUUUCUAAUUUGAGUCACGGCAAUUUAUUUUGUUUCGCAAUUAAUUUAAUAAUUCAUUUUGGACGAGGAGGCGACGGUCAUAUCGAAGCGAAAAAAGGCGUACAGGGAGGAGGGCGAGCACCAGCGCGGGGGGAAGGAAGGAAGGGACGGAGGAAACGAGGAUCACGUCAAACAGCAGAAAGCCAACCGAGAGCGCAUUUCAUUUACCGGAGAGGUCUCCCGUGUUCGGACUUCUCCCCGAGUCUCGUUUCGUGCCCUAAGACAUUUUUUUUUCUGUAUGUGUGUGCGUGUGUGCAAUCAAAUCUCAAGACUGCAAGACUCAGGUUUUCGCAGAGGAAAGAAAGAGUAAGAAGACACAGAAAUAGGUCGGCUGCAGUUUUCUCCCAUCUUUUUGUAAAUGUCCCGUCGGUUGGAGAAAUGCGGUCUGUGUGCCUCAUUUUGAGGUCUUUUUAAUGCGUUAUAUAUCACAGGCCUAUUCCAGAAGAGGAACCAGUCGCUUCGAGAAAACUGACAUUAUGUCUAUUCAAUUCUAAAUACUUUCUAAAAGAAGAUUUCGGACUGUAUCACUUCCUCAACCCCCUCAAAACAUUUCUCCCAGCUAGUCUUCCUGCGCUGAGACCGAAGGAGCUCCGGGAGGUUAACAAACAGGUUGCCCCUGGAUCACUGGAGGUAUUGGAUUACAAUCUGACCCAGUUUACAGAAGAUUAGAGAUUAAGGUCACUGAGAGAGUGGCUCCGGUUAAAGGUCAAAGGGCAUUCCAAGAUGAGUGAGCUGGAGCAGCUUCGGCAGGAGGCUGAGCAGCUGAAGAACCAGAUACGAGAUGCGAGGAAAGCAUGCGGAGACUCAACCCUUACUCAGAUAACGGCAGGGCUGGACCCGGUAGGCAGAAUUCAGAUGCGGACGAGGCGUACUCUGCGUGGCCACUUAGCUAAAAUCUACGCCAUGCACUGGGGCUCCGACUCCAGGCUCCUGGUCAGUGCUUCACAAGAUGGAAAACUCAUCAUCUGGGAUAGCUACACCACGAAUAAGAUCCAUGCGAUCCCGCUGCGGUCGUCAUGGGUGAUGACGUGUGCGUACGCCCCGUCGGGCAACUUCGUGGCUUGCGGUGGCCUGGACAACAUCUGUUCCAUCUACAGCCUGAAGACCCGCGAAGGCAACGUCCGUGUGAGCCGUGAGCUCCCUGGACACACGGGUUACCUCUCCUGCUGUCGCUUCAUAGAUGACAAUCAGAUCAUCACUAGUUCAGGAGACACCACCUGUGCCCUGUGGGACAUCGAGACAGGCCAGCAGACCACACUGUUCUCGGGACACACGGGUGACGUCAUGAGCCUGUCGCUGAGCCCGGACUCUAGGACGUUCGUGUCGGGUGCCUGCGAUGCCUCCAUUAAGCUCUGGGACAUGCGGGACAGCAUGUGCAGACAGACGUUCACAGGCCACGAGUCCGACAUCAACGCCGUCUGCUUCUUCCCCAGCGGCAGUGCUUUCGCCACCGGCUCCGACGACGCCACGUGUCGCCUGUUUGACCUCCGGGCUGACCAGGAGCUGGGCCUCUACUCGCACGACAACAUCAUCUGUGGCAUCACCUCUGUGGCCUUCUCGCGUUCGGGCCGCCUUCUGCUAGCCGGCUACGAUGACUUCAACUGCAACAUCUGGGACGCCAUGAAGGGAGACCGCGCGGGAGUGUUGGCAGGACAUGACAACCGUGUGAGCUGUCUGGGCGUGACUGACGACGGCAUGGCAGUGUGCACUGGCUCCUGGGAUAGCUUCCUCAAGAUAUGGAACUGACCGCACACGCACACACACACACACACACACACCCCCCUAUUUAUCACUUUAUUCACAUCACACCCUUCAGCACAUGCUAUAUGCCUAUUUUAUUGUACAUACGACAAACACCAACACGUUCACAUGCACAAACACAAGCAUAUUGUACAUAAUAUAUAAAUAUAUAAUGCCAGCUAGGUAUGGAUUUACAAUGACAUCGCUUUAUAUACAUGUUGCCAGUAACAGUGUAUGCAGGAUUGGCCCAGUGGAGCUAAACACACACACACACACACACACACACACACACACACACACACACACACACAGGAGGUGUACAAGUUUUAAGUUCAAAAAGUAAAUGUCCUGCAAGUUGAUUUCACUGAUGAAGUCCACUUAGCAAACCCAGAUGUUCAGAACAAAAUCUUGGGAAGGGCAUUUGCUCUUUAUACCUAAACUAUCCACGUCUGACUCACACAGGCACACACGCACACACACACACUUGCUCCAGUUAUGUUUGCAGGGGAGUCUUUCAACACAAUGUAGAAUAUACACAUAGACUCAUACUAAUUGACAAAAACAUGUUUGGAGAGGAAAGGGUAUUUGGUGUCCAACUUCUCUCAUUUGGACUCGUAUUUUUAAAAAUGUAUGUUUAUUUGAACAUAAACACAGCCGAUAACUACACACGUCAUUUUUUAAGAUGGACACAGACUCUUGUCCUCCAAGGAGACAGAGAGAAGACUUUGGUACUGUUUCUUUUCGAUUUUUUAUGUUGUAUUUUCCACUGUUCUCAGAAGCAGGUUUUCAGUGUAGGCGUGUCUGAAGUGUGUUUUACAAACUAAGAUGGAAGCACUGAGGAAGAGGAAGACGCUGAAGAUGAUCUUGGUAGGCUCUCCCAACAUACCACAACAUCUUAGUGGUCUGAAAUCAACACUGCUGUAGUUCGUGGUUUGAUAGGCUUCCUCUGGCAUAUAUUGUACAAGUAAAUGUUUUUUGUUUUAAUGGGGUUUUUUUUUUUUUUGGUUUAUAUUUUUAAUUUUUAAAAAUGCUUAUUUUGUUCAUGUUUUCCCCGUGUGCCUCAGAUAACACUGUAAGGAAAAUGAAUAAAAGUUGACAAAAAUGCUUUGGAAA